GCUCAUAACAAAGGAAUAGUUUCAUUAUAUUAAAUACGAACGAUAUGACCACGUAAAAUCUACCUAUUCAAGCAUCACAAGGUUCUCAAUUUUGAUGUGAUGCGGAUGGAUCAGCGCUCCUACAAGCGCCACACCAUGCGCCAGCUGCUAUUGGCCAGUCUCGUCUGCGCCGUCUCGGCCGAGCACCAUGAACGGAUCAGCCUGGUGCAAGUUGGACCGCCGAACGAGUGUGUCGCCAACACGUGCGGCGACAGAUACACGUGCGAGGUACGGGAGUGCCGCUGCGAGGCCUGCAUCCCAAAGAAGCUGACUUGCAAGGACAUCAAGUGCGAGCCGAACGAGAAAUGCGUCCAGACCGCUGACGGGCCAGAGUGUCAGCCCAGGACCUGUGCCGACAUCCGGUGUGCUGCAGGAGAGAAGUGUGACGAGCUGCCCGACGGGCCCGACUGUGUGCCAGACGUGCCGACGUGCGAGGGCUUCUUCUGCCGUCGCGGCACCAACUGCUACAUUCGCCAGGGCUCGCCCAUCUGUCUGCCCAACACGUGCGAGGUGCGCGAGUGUGAGCCGGGCCUCAACUGUAUCGACACGCCCGACGGAGCGCUCUGCCGCAAGGGAGAACCUAUCGGGACGUGCGAGGGCAAGUACUGUCCGCCCAACACCGUGUGCCAGGUGUCGGCCCAAGGACCGACCUGCGCGCACAUCUGAGGGACGAUUCGGACCGACCUGCGCGCACAUCUGAGAACCCGACGCCGACCUGCGCCCACAUUAAAGGACUCGACGCCGACCUGCGCCAUACCUGAGGACCCGCGGCCCGAGGUCACAAGUGACGAUGGAAGGAUCGAUCUGCACCCACACUGCAGAGAAUCUGAGGGAUGACUUGGGCCGACCACCUCUCAGGCCGUCCACGCCUGAGAGGCACGCCCCUCUGCAGUGACAAACGGUGACACAAAUUCGGGCGACGGCCCAGGGGCGUUGAAUAGCGAGUGUGUAAUCUCACAUUAUCGGUGACGGUAGUUCGGACCAGACUUCAAACAAGGUUUGCGCAGAAAAGUGUUUACUUUUUUAACUGAUGCGAACGCAAUACGCAUGCAUAUGUAUCUGAUGAAGCCUGUAAUCUGCCGAUGGAUUCCUGCAAGUGCGACCGUUAAUUCCUGUUUAGGGCUGUGCGCUGAUUGGCAAUGUUGGUAGGGGAUAUGACAGUGAAUUGCCAUAAUAACUACAAUGCGAAGGAUAAUUGAAAUAAAUAUUGAUGUGGAUCUGGCA